GGAUAAGUUUAGCAAGUUCGAUGCGGCAGCAUUGUUUCUCAAUAUGCAGCCAAAGCGCGUCUUGGCAGGUGGCGAAAACAUGCGACUCGAAAUUAAGAAACUCAAGUUCGAAAUGGGCGGACUGAAAGAAGAUAUAAAAACCUUGGAGAAGGAGAAGAAGGACUUAUUAGACGAAAACGAGUGGGUGAAAGGAGAAUUGGCGGCACAGGUACAACUUACUUUUUGUUGCCGUAUUGCCUCUGAAUAGUGAUUAUAGAUCGACGAGGACUUGCGAAUUCGGAAUGUGUAGUUUCUUCAAAUUCUUUUUAUUGUUCUUCACUUCAACAAGAAACAUCGAUCAGCGUCGUUCCCCCACCCCGGCGGCAUCGAAUCAGUCCACAAACCACAACAGCAACUCCGCGCUCAAAUCGCGUUGGAGAGGGUGCAGGCUAGAGC